AUGGCAAAACGUGAGCAGGAGUAUACUGAUAACGCUCAUUACCAAAUCAUCAGCAUCGUGGCUGAGCAAAUUGGCAUCAAUGAUUGGCUUGGUUCGGGGCAAGCAAACGGCACCAAGGACGAGUCAAUCAACGAUCCGAUAACUCCAGGCACGGUAAGAAGAUCAGUUGUUCAAAUCCCAACUUCAAGUAUGCGGCUGAAACAAGAGCGAUCAGGAUAUUUUCACAGAACCCAGCCAACAAAGCUAGCCAGGAAACAGCGCCACUCGUGCCCCGAGCAAAAAAUGAAGGGAUCAGUCGUUGCAGGGAACACGUGUCUCUUGGAACAGAAUGCCUAUUGCUGA